GGUUACCGAGUACAAAAGUUACUGAGUAGCUGUGCUGUGUGCUUGUGCUCGGCACAAGUAGAUUUUACAGGUUUUAUCUUCUUUUUAUAAGCUAGGCAGACAAUAACUUGAAAAUUUGUGGCAUUUGCUAACUAGCUUUCUUUCAGAAAUGAAGCUAAGGGGGAAAGUAGCUCUUGUAACUGGAGCAGCGCAGGGCCUUGGGCGAGGAUUCACGGAGUCCAUGCUUCAACAGGGAGCGAAGGUUGCACUAUUGGAUAUCAAAGUGCUAGAUGGAAGAAAGACGACAAAAGAGCUGGGGCUGAAGUACGGCCAGGACAAGGUGCUCUUCCUGCCCUGUGAUGUCACUGACAAGGGGCAGAUGGAAAGUGCAUUCCAGCAGGUGUUGCGCCAUUUUGGACAGCUGGACGUAGUCGUGAACAAUGCAGGAGUGACGGAGCAGGAGAACUGGGAGCUGGUUCUGGAUAUCAACUUGAGAUCUGUUAUCCAGGGUACCUAUCUUGGACUGCACCACAUGAGCAGGGAGAGAGGGGGUGGAGGGGGCCUUAUCAUUAACAUUGCCUCCAUGGCUGGGCUGAUUGCAAUGUUCCAUGGACCGGUGUACACUGCAACUAAACACGGUGUGGUGGGGCUGUCCAGGAGUUUGGGGACUCCGUUUCACUUUGACCGUACUGGGGUGCGUGUGUGUGCCUUGUGUCCCACAAUGACAGACACCCCCAUCCAACCCCCCAGGGUGGCCUCUACACCUGAAGAACAAGUGAAGCUUGAUGCACACUGGGCGUAUACUGACUCUCAGGGAGGCCUGCUGAAAGUUUCAGAAGUGGUUGCCGGCUUUCUUCAGCUGGUGGAAGACGACAGUAAGAACGGAGCUGUGAUGAGGGUAACCAAACAGAAGGGGGUGGACUAUCAGCCGUAUGGGGGAGGGGGGCAGGGUGUACCCGUUACCACACGUAAAACAAGGAGCAAGCUUUAAUGUAAUACAUAAAGAAAUGUUGCAAAAAAAUUUAUUGUAUAAAUUAUGCAAAUGACAUGCCAGGAAUUUGUUGUAUAAAUUAUGCAAAUAGCAUGCCAGAAAUUGUAAACUAAUGUGCAUGUGUACAUGUAGUAGCUGUAGAUAGUUGGUUGACAAUCUAAGGCCCUGUUCACACGAAACCAUCUGAACCGUGAUUCGGGUAACUCACAUUCCUCACAUCUGGUCCAUGUGCCACAUAAUCCUUUCUAAACCGAGCCCGAUCACGAUUUGCCUAAUCUACAUUCAUUGUUGUUUAAUGAAGACAUGCAAGGUAACGUGUUAUCAAUGUCAGAGGUCAACGACCUACUUGCUGAUACCCCCCUCCCAGCGUAUCUCGGCCAAAUGCCAACGUGGUCCCGCCAGAGGUGGUGAAGCUCGCCCUAGAAUGGACACAUUACUUGGUCAUUUGCUGCCACAUAAAUUUUGGUAUUGCAUAUAAAUAAAGAAAUAUCACCCUGUAAUCCAUGACUGAGUCAAUAUUUAAGUAAACUGGUGAAGUCACAUUGCGUUCAGACGCAAAUCACGAUCCAGUGAAACCAGCUCAAAACUAGCUCCCAAAGUGGUUUGGGAUCGAGGCACUUUCAAUGCGAUUUGGAGCGUUCAGAUGGGGCCACUUGUAUCUAGCUUUGGUGGGAUCUGCAUCGAAACCACUUAAAGCGUUUUGGUGUGAACGGGGCCUUAAAAACAGAUCUAGUCCAAAGCCAAAGAGGUCAUUUCUAAUAUAUUAUUUGAAUGUAUGAAUUUCUGUACUUUAAAUUUAUGUACAUUAUGAAUAUCAUAUAAGACACCUCUUCUACAUAUGGCAUGACAUAAUGUCAUACCUGGGCCACAAUAACAUUCAAUACAGGUUCCAGCCCAUGUGAUAACUAGCCGUAUCACACAGGGUUCUAAUGGUUAUCACCCAGGCUUCCAGUUAGUUUUCCAUUAUGUGUUUUGUGUGUGACUAGUGCGCCGCUUUUAAAAUGGACAAUGGAAUAACUAAAGGUGUAGCAACUUUUUGUUUAUGGAAAUAAAAUUUGAGUACAUUUCACAUUGA